UAAUUUAAAAAAAUAAAAAGAUGUAUCUUACACUCUAACAUUCCUUCUCAAGGGUUAGUGGCCAGUUUUCACAAUAGAGACCUGAAAAUAUCUCAGCCGUUAAAUAUUUAUUUGUCGUGGUUAUCAUGAAUGAACCACCAAAAAAUACAGGUGGCUAUGUUUGUUUGUUUAUGUUUGUUUAAUGUCUGUCUAAUUAAAAAAACAGAGCACAGGUAAAAUAAUAAUUCAUGCUCUCAGUUAUACAGUAAAUUACUCAGGGGAGUUAUUUAACCAGUCAUGAGAGGCAGCAAUAGAAUAAAACUAUAAAUACAUCAAUAUUAUUCUUAGAUUUCAGAGUAUGAAUAAAGCUUAAUAAACACAAUAUACUUUAAUAUUUAUGAGACCAGGUUAAUAUUUAUUACCAGGUAUUUAGCCACAUUGCUUUUCUCUCCUGGUCUCUGAUAAAUUGUAUUCUAAAAAUAAUAAUUAACCAAUUAGCUUCUCAUAAAACCAUCAAAAGAAAGUUUUUAUGUGAAAUGUGUUUAUUUUCCCUGCAGAUAGUUUUAAUUGAGCUGAGCUUUAAUGGCGCCACCAUGACGUUCAUACCCCCCACUCGCGCAUGCACACAACUCAAUCGGGGCCUUUUCAUUGAACAAAAGCAGUACACAUGCGUUUGUGCGGCUGAGUGUGUGAGAAUAGGAAGAGUGGAAGAAGCUCUUUUAGUGGCUGCACCUGUCCUAUUUUAAGAGGCUCUAAUAGGCAGAUAACAGGAUGGGGGGGGGGCAUCACUGAGAUACAGACUGAAAUUAAUGAGACCUUCCACUAUUCUGUGAUUGUGCUCGUUUUGUGAAAUAUCUUGUCGUGCACUUGCUCAGAUGUGGUGUUUAGUCACUGUGAGGCUUCACUUGUUGCUUCCUGUCUUUGGUGCGAGCGGAUGCGCGCUAACAAGCCGUGGCCCCCGGCGUCCUCCUGCCGCUGCGUCCCACCCUGCUCCCAGGUGGCUGCGUGGUGCCUGUGGCUGAGUAGCAGCGCCGCCGCUCACGCCUGCGCAGUGGAGGAGAAAGUCUCCCUUUGCCGUCCGUGGUGUGCUCUCAGGCACUCCAUCAGAGCCCUCCCAGCCUCAGGCUUUGCACUUUUACUUCCCCCCCUUUGUGACUGUUCCCUCUUCUCAGAGGCACACCGAAAAUAAGGUUGCCACAGCGAAAGAGUGCGCGAAAGGGAGGUGAGAACUGCACCGGGAACGUCGCGCCCGUGCGUUUCAGCGUCUGUCUCCGCGCGUGACGCGUGGACUCCGCGAAGAAGUAGUGACCGCCGAGAUGCUCUGAGUGUUGGGAGAGUUUGGACGCGGACCAAAUGUGGCAACAAGUGUCUGUGGGAUGUGAAGCCGGGGUUAGAAUGAAACACGUAGACGGGAGCGGCGGCUGUGUGGGGAUGUAUGUUUAUGUUGAGCUCGGGGGUGUAUAAAAACGUAUUAAAUGCUAUAAUGGAAGAUGGGGAGGCCACAGUGUUAGGACUGCGUAGAUCUAAGCCUCUUUUUUUCAUUGGGAGGGAGCUUUUCUUAUUCAAAACAGCCUCACAAAAGACUUCCAGUGAGCCUUGCCACAUCCCCAUCUGACUUGGGGCCAUUCAUCAGCCUUCCAAGCCUAUCAAUGACAUGUCCCCAUCAGGGCUCCUAUAAAAUCAGCCCCUUUCCCAUGAAACAUCAGCAAACAUUUUGACGGGUCUGGCUUUCCCCCCGCUGGAUUUCUGGAGUCUCUACCCCCCUUUCCUCCCUUAUUCCCACCCCCCCUCCACCCCUUCUCCUCCACCAUCGCCACCCCUUCUCUGGGCGAACCUCAGAUCCUUCAACAUCUCCUGCGACGGGCAGUGGCCGCGGAAACGCAGAGUGAGACAAGGGGAGAGCCACCGCACAGGGGAAACGUGCACUAAGCCAUUUUCUUGGAGGAGCCAGUGUCGUUGAUGGGAAGAGGAUGCAUUGCGGGCUGCUGGAGGAGCCUGAUAUGGAUUCCACAGAGAGUUGGAUCGAAAGAUGCCUCAAUGAGAACGAGAGCAAGAGAUACUCCAGCCACUCGUCUCUGGGGAACAUGUCCAACGAUGAACAUGAAGAAAAGGAAAAUAACAGAGCCUCUAAACCACAUUCGACUCCGGCUACUCUGGAAUGGCUAGAGGAGAACUAUGAAAUAGCAGAAGGUGUGUGUAUCCCCCGAAGUGCCCUCUACAUGCACUACCUGGACUUCAGCGAGAAGCACGACACCCAGCCGGUGAACGCAGCCAGCUUUGGGAAGAUCAUAAGGCAGCAAUUCCCAGCUUUAACCACCAGACGACUGGGGACUAGAGGGCAGUCGAAGUACCACUACUACGGCAUAGCGGUGAAGGAGAGCUCGCCGUACUACGACGUGAUGUACUCCAAGAAGGGAGCGGCGUGGGUGAACGAGACGGGGAAGAAAGAGGUCACCAAGCAGACAGUGGCCUAUUCACCGCGCUCCAAACUGGGGACGCUCCUGCCAGAGUUUCCAAAUGUCAAAGACCUAAAUUUGCCCGCCAGCCUGCCAGAAGAGAGGGUGUCGACCUUUAUCAUGAUGUACAGGACGCACUGUCAGAGGAUCCUGGACACUGUGAUUCGAGCCAACUUCGAUGAGGUCCAGAGCUUUCUGCUGCACUUCUGGCAGGGAAUGCCGCCCCACAUGCUCCCUGUGCUGGGCUCCCCCACCGUGGUCAACAUAGUGGGUGUUUGCGACUCCAUCCUCUACAAGGCCAUCUCUGGGGUGCUGAUGCCCACUGUCCUGCAAGCCCUGCCUGAUAGUUUGACUCAGGUUAUUCGUAAAUUUGCCAAACAGCUCGAUGAGUGGCUUAAAAUAGCACUUCACGACCUCCCUGAAAACUUGAGGAAUAUCAAAUUUGAAUUAUCCAGGAGAUUUUCUCAGAUUCUAAAGCGGCAAACGUCAUUAAACCAUCUGUGCCAGGCGUCGCGGACUGUGAUAAACAGCGCCGACAUCACCUUUCAAAUGCUGGAGGACUGGAGGAAUGUGGACUUGAACAGCAUCACCAAGCAGACCCUCUACACCAUGGAGGACUCGCAAGAGGAGCACCGGCAGCUUAUUAUCCACUUGUACCAGGAGUUCGACCGCCUGCUGGAGGAGCAGUCUCCCAUCGAGGCGUACAUCGAGUGGCUGGACUCCAUGGUGGACCGCUGCGUCGUCAAGGUGGCAGGGAAGAGGCCCGGGUGCCUGAAGAAGGUGGCCCAGCAGUUCCUGCUGAUGUGGUCGUGCUUCGGUACCAGAGUCAUCCGAGACAUGACCCUGCACAGCGCGCCCAGCUUCGGGUCUUUUCACCUGAUCCACCUCAUGUUCGAUGACUAUGUUCUUUACCUGCUGGAGUCCCUCCACUGUCAGGAGAGAGCCAACGACCUCAUGAGGGCCAUGAAGGGCGAGGGCAGCACAGAGAGAGAGGAGGAGUUCACGCUGGUGGAGAGGACUCCCACCUCUCCGUCCCCGGGCUCCUACUCCCCCGCCCGCUCCGUCCACUCCGCGGGCGUCUCCUCAGCCGGCUCCCCCACGGCGACAGCCUCCCCGGAGUACGCCGGCGUCGCCUCCACCACAGGCGCUGUUCAGUCAUAUACCUGGUCCCUUACAUACACAGUGACAACAGCAGGCGCCUCCACGCCAGAAGCCGGGCAGCAGCUGUCCUGCAUGAGGAGCAGCGCUCCGGUCCCGCCCCCGCCCUCCGCCCACCGGAUGCCAGUCUACACCCACAGAGAGGAACAUGGGUAUACUGGCAGUUACAACUAUGGCACCUACGCCAACCAGCAUCCUCACUCCAUUCAGAGCCAGUACCCGAGUCUGACCCACGAGCCAGCGAUCCCAGCCCCGCUGCACUACUCCGCCUACCACCGCUCCUCUGCACAGUACCAGCUCAACAGCCAGAUGUCUCGAAUGGAGCCUUGCUUGAUGGGCAGCACUCCUCGAUUGCACCCCACACCUGUCGCCCCCCGGUGGCCAGAUGUGUCACCAGCCAACAGCUGUUACACCAGCCCACCUAUGCAUUCAUCACGCUACUCCACAUCUGGGGACAUGUACUCCCCUCUGGGCUCACGGAGAAACUCGGAGUACGAACACUCGCAGCAUUUUCCUGGAUUUGCUUACAUCAACGGAGAGGCCACCACGGGCUGGGCGAAAUAACCCCCCGCGCUGCUUCGGACCAGCUCUAGUCUCUCACUUUAGCAGACCUGCUGGAUGCAAGUCUCUGAACAUUUCUAAUCAAGUAGAUCGACCACGGAGGGGCAGAGAGAGGAGAGUAGCAAUCCGAGGUGGGAGGAAUCAUGGUAUGGACUUGCUGACAAUUUUAAAGAUUGUGGUGUGCUUUGUUAAAACAUUCUAGCGGACGAGAAAAGAUAAAAUCAUGUGAAUUUUCAGAACUUGCAGAUGAAUAAUGUUAAGAGUGCAAUGCUGCUGCCAAGCUGUGCCUUUGUUUUUAGGAAUGUACACCUCUGCUAGUUUCCCCUCAUCAGUCUCACAAAUCAGUGCAGAGUCCGCCCCGCCAGGCGCCGGUCACCCCUGUAAGCGACUGAUAAGCUGGUUCUGACACCAGCGCAGGCUCGGUGACACCUCCAUCUCCUCCUGUCGCUCAGCGUGUACUUUGGUGGGCGUGUUGCAGCAGAAAGCCUUGAUGAUGAUGAUGAUGAGCUGUGCUGCCUUAACUUGUGGCACGAAGCCAAAUCAUCAGAAGUGACUGUUAAAAACUCAUAAAAGACCCUAAUCAGUGACGUAAGGUGUCUUUCUUAUAAUUUUUCUUAAUGAAUAAAUGCUGUGACUCGAAAACAAUAUUAUUCUGUUGCAAGCUUUUCUGCUGUGUCCCUGUGACAAUAUAUACAUAUAUAAAUAUAUAUAUGUAUAUAUAUAGUAUGUAUUUUCUGUAACUUUGUAACAUGGUGUAUCCUUUAUUUUCUAUGUUAUAUUUGGUACUUUGUUCUCUGUUUUGUAUGGUUAGUAAAUGACGCAUUAACCUAGGGUUGUGUGUUUGAUAAUGCACUCAAAGCCACUGAGGACCUAUUACCCUAUGGGUAUUUAUAAAAAAAGGGAGAAUAUCAAAGUGUACAGUAACAUGAAGUCUAGUCACUUUUCUGUAAAUAAAAGCACUGGAAACUG